AUGGCAGAACAAAAUCGUCAGGGUGAAGAUUGGAUUCAUGUCUACGUAGAUGGAUCAUGCUCUCACAAUGGUACCACCAACGCCAUAGGAGGAAUAGGAGCGUGGUUUGGGAAUAAACACCCCUUGAAUACAUACAAAACACUCGUAGAAGAACGCACCACCAACAUCACUGCCGAAACUGCUGCUGCAAUAGAAGCUUGUAAAUUGUGCAUACGACAUGACAUAAAACGAGUAAAAAUCUUUACUGAUUCGAAAUACCUCAUCAGCUGCAUGACAGAACAUCUAGACAAGUGGAAGAAAAAUGGAUGGUUGAAUGCCAAAGCUAAACCUGUUGUCAAUCAAAAAUUAUUAAAAGAACUUGACGUUCUCAUGCACCAAUUAGAGGUCCAACUAGAAUACACCCCUGGUCAUAAAGGGGUCUAUGGAAACGAAAAAGCAGAUGAACUGGCCAAGAUUGGCUCGAGGAUCUAUUCCAUACCCCAAAUGUGA